UCAAAAGAAGUAUGGAGCAGCAGAAGUGGCACUUCUGUAAGACAUCACCACAAAAAACCUGUGGCCGAAAAGAAAGCAAGGUCGUAUGUCCCGGCACAAACACAGCAGGCUACCCCGCCACGAAGAUUAUCGUCCGUAUGUUCUGUACCCCCACUCCAAAUUUUGGACACACCUCCAAGACGUCAUCCACACUCCCCUCAUCUUGAUUCUUCGAGUCCUGGGAACAGCAUCCCUCCACAACAACACCAACACAGUGACAUGGAGGAGACAAACAUCUUAGAAAUGCAGCCAUUAAUGCAAGGAAUGAGACCCCCAGCACCUGUGAGUACACCACCACAGCAAAGCACACCACCACCACAACACAGCCCAACAACACCAGGAACACAAGGCCCUGAUCAGGUGUUUUGGACUAUUUGGGCUAGACAACAGGCCACUAAUGAAGAUUGCCUGCGUAAGCAGACACAAAUGUUUGCAAGCCUACCAUCUCACCUCAGAAGAAUAUCAAGAAAUCUGAGUAGACAAAAUGAACAAACAACCAGAAUAGGCAAUACCAUGGAACUCAUGCGUACAGACAUUACACAGGUCAUGGGCAACUUAAAGCGCAUAAUGGAAGAACAGCACAGACAACAGCAAAGUUAUAUGAGCAUUUUUAAAAACAAUCAAAAGAUUAAUGAAAGUUUAUUCCGAAUAGUAGACAAUCAAAAUGCUGCUACACGUGAACUCAAUGCCACCCUCACUAACCUGAAUGAAACACUCAGAUGCAUGCACCAACAGCAAACAAGCAGCAGUUCUGGUACGACUACUCCAAAUAUCACGCCAGUCUCAUCACCACCAAGACGGUCCACCAGAGCACGACAACAUGACAGUGCUAAAGGCAAAGGGCAGGACAAGCAGCCACCCAAAAAAACGUGAAAAAAAACAAGUUAGACAUGUGUGAUAAGUAACUCAAAAUAGUUAGCAAGUGUUUUUGUUGCUAAAAAAAUAUAACACUUAGCUCCUUGACCCUUUUUUCAACAUCAUUAAUUAUAAUUGGGCCAAAAAAAAAAAACAUAAAUUUAGUACGCACAUUUAUUCAUUAACAUUUUUUUUGGUAUUGGAGGAGGGAAAUGUUGAUGGAGCCACACAUACAUGUUAGCAGGAAGUAAACUGACCACUUGAUUUUUUUCUAAUCAUUACUCUUUCUAGAUUCCAAUGAUUCUCUUUGCCUGCAGAUACAAUAAUUGCCAGCCAGGCAGAAUGUCUUUAGCAAGAAGUAAACUGACCACUUGAUUUUUUUCUAAUCAUUACUCUUUCUAGAUUCCAAUCAUUCUCUUUGCCUGCAGAUACAAUAAUUGCCAGCCAGGCAGAAUGUCUUUAGCAGGAAGUAAACUGACCACUUGAUUUUUUUCUAAUCAUUACUCUUUCUAGAUUUCAAUCAUUCUCUUUGCCUGCAGAUACAAUAAUUGCCAGCCAGGCAGAAUGUCUUUAGCAGGAAGUAAACUGACCACUUGAUUUUUCUGUUACGUCCUAGAGGA